AUUGACGUGCGCUAUCAAACGCCAGACAGCCGAACCUCAUUUCUCCAAAGAAGUGCUUGGAUACGAUCCGUGAUACCGAAACUUACGCUCGGCGCAGCGCGAAAGUAUCGACUGGUUGGCGACAUGUUCAAUCUACCUGGUAGGACGCAAACGAAGGCUCAUCCCAUGAACCAGUAUCCGCGAGUUAAAUUUAACCAUCAUUGCCGUGAAAGCGAUGGCGUCAACUUCUGCGACUGCCAGUUGAACGUCCGAGGUAUCAACUCCUGCAUGCACUAUGGACGCUACGUGGAACCUCUCGCUUUCUCGCUAGAUGUCCAUUCCGUAGUUAAGCAGGAUAAGUGUCCGCUUUUCUCCACCAUUCCCAAGGAGAUACGAGACAUGAUUUACGAAUUCGCACUCACGGACUGCACGUCGAAUCCGGCAAACAGCGACAAUAAGACUCGUCGAGGAUACGGAAGAGACAGAAACAACCGGACUCCCUCCUCAGAUAUCGCUUUUAGUCUCCUUCGCACCUGCGCUGCCGUCUACCUCGAGGCGUAUCGACUUCCGCUGCUGCUCAACCCCCUGAUAUCCUCCGAUAUUCACGAUGGUACUCGUCCCAAACUGGGCAGCCUGGCACCGUGGCAAUUUGCGCUCAUCCAGAGUCUCGAAGUCGAACUCCAGCAAGCUGGUUUGGAACGCGGCGCGCUCCGCGAAAUUUUAGAAGAGUGGCAGGCGAAUGAGAGACAUGCGGGCGCUUAUGUCGCGCCGCGCUUCUAUCAACAGUACAAGGGUACACUCUGCCCCACUAAGUAUUUCGAGAUCGUCAAAGCUUCUGAGCUCGUCGAUGGCAAGUGCCGGGAUGGCGAUCAAGUCACGCUUCCAGACAAGUCGAGCCUCUGUUUCUAUGACCAAUCUUUCUUACGGGUCGGGCUUCCUGCCCGCGCCAUGGUAGCCCGGCCGCUCACGCGUCUGACCCUCCGACUCUCGCGCACGGAUUGGUGGACCUGGACAGAUGAUCCGAACUGCACGGAUGGCGCAAGACAGCUCGGCCUCGAUCCAGCAUGUGGGACCGGCUGGGCCGACGCCGCCUCGCGUCCGACGGCAACCCAAAUGCUCGAGCUUGCAGCACAGCGACGGGAAGGUAAUUCUAUUAUGCGGUAUACGAGCACGUGGGGCGCAGAAAUCGCGCAGCUCCCGGACCUCAAACAACUCGAACUUGUUCUCGAAACGUUCGGCGAUAAGAAGCAUCAGCUGGAGACCGUGGUUGACUGUGCGAAGACUUGGAGGUUUCCUCUGGAUGAUACAAACUGCGAGCUGGUUUGGGAUGGGCUGGUGGAGACGCAGAAUUGGAGCGGUGGACGCACGGAAUUCUUCAGCCGGGAUGAAGCGCACAACUACGAUGAUUCGGAGGACGAAUGGGAGGACGAGGAAGAAGAGCAGGGUGAUGAAGAAAUGAGUGAUGGCGAGCAGAUCAAUGACGAAGAUGAGGAGGCCGCUGUGAGCGGUGGGAGUGAAGAGGUUGAAGAAGAUGGAGAAGGAGAUGGCGAAGGAGAUGGCGAUGACGGCGACUCUGGAAUGGAAAAUGAUGAGGAGAAUGAAGAGGACGGCGAGGAGACAGAAGGGGGCAUCGAGGAUUGGGUGAAGCGGAACAAAAUUUUUGAGGUCCGAAUCAUCCGCUUCAAGCGAACAAGGGUGUAGUUGGGGGAAAUGACACGCUGGGAGAUGUGGCGCACGUGCGCUUAGAGACUUGCUAUAUGUCUCUUGCUAUGGCCCGACGCCUCUUCGAUCUGUCGAAACACGUCAACUAGUCAGGAGAAAAACUUGGUUCUAAAUUCCAAGAGCAUGUCAUGUUUCAGCCCUGAUUAAACAAUGGCUCAU